AUGCUUCUGCGACUUCGAGGGCCCGACGGCAUGAGCCGUCUGACCAUCGACAAGGACGCAUCGUUUGGCGAACUUGGUCGCUUGUUGCUUCCGAACCUUCCACAGACUGUCGACCCGAACACAAUCACGCUUUCCAACGCACCGACGGGCGGCGACGCCAAGAACCUCGUCGAGAUUGCGUCGUUCAAGGUUGGACAAAUCGGCCUGAAACAUGGCGACCUCAUCUUCAUUAGCUACCAGCACCAGGACAGCCAGGCGAACGGCGCUACCAACGGUACCCAACCUUCCCUCGCAUCGUCAAACCGCCUCAACGGCAAGCCUAUCCUUCCCACCGAAGACCUACCGAUCGAUCCCUUGCCCGUGACGUCACCCUCCGAGAAGAUCAAGAAUCCCUGGGAAGUCGUCAAGCAGCAUCCCUUAGAUGAUCGGUUAGACAAGAAGGACGGCAAGAUUCCGAGAGGUCGCGACAAAAUGUGUCGCCAUGGUCCCAAGGGCAUGUGCGACUAUUGCAUGCCUAUGGACCCAUUCAACGCCAAAUACCUCGACGAAAAGAAGAUCAAGUACCUGUCGUUCCAUUCAUAUCUACGCAAAAUCAACUCCGCCACGAACAAACCCGAGCUUGGAAGCUCAUUCAUUCCUCCCCUCGUCGAGCCGUACUUCAGAGUAAAGCGAGACUGUCCCUCUGGACACCCCCAGUGGCCCGAAGGCAUCUGUACCAAGUGUCAGCCCAGCGCCAUUACGUUGCAGCCUCAGUCGUUCCGAAUGGUCGACCACGUAGAGUUUUCUUCUCCAGCCAUCAUCGACACCUUCAUCGAUGCCUGGAGGAAGACGGGCGGUCAGAGAUUGGGCAUCAUGUACGGACGAUACACGGAAUACGAGGUCGUGCCUCUCGGCAUCAAAGCGGUAGUGGAGGCCAUUUAUGAGCCACCUCAAGUUGACGAGAUGGACGGCAUUUCGCUGAACGCCUGGGAGAACCAGAAAGAUAUCGACGAGAUUGCAAGACUAUGCGGACUCCAGCAGGUCGGUAUCAUCUUUACCGAUCUGCUAGAUGCUGGAGCUGGUGAUGGUUCAGUUGUGUGCAAGCGGCAUGCUGAUUCCUACUUCUUGUCCUCUCAAGAAAUAUGCUUCAUCUCACGUUUGCAGGCUCAGCACCCAAAGCCCACCAAGUGGAGCGACACUGGCAAAUUCGGCUCCAACUUUGUCACAUGCAUUAUAUCGGGUAAUGAGUCGGGAGAGAUUUCAAUUUCAUCGUACCAAGCGUCCAACGAUGCUGUCGAGAUGGUGCGCGCGGACAUCGUCGAGCCCUCAGCCGAUCCCAAUGCUAUGCUCGUCCGAGAGGAGGAGGAAGACGACGGAUUCACCAGCCGAACAAGAUACAUUCCCGAGGUUUUUUACCGCAGGAUCAACGAGUACGGAGCCAACGUCCAAGAAAAUGCCAAACCCUCGUUCCCCGUCGAGUAUCUUUUCGUCACUUUGACGCACGGGUUCCCGGACGAAGCCAAGCCCGCCUUCACGCAAUUGGGCUUUCCCAUCGAGAACCGCGAGUACAUGGGUGAAAGCCAGGAACAUUCUGCUGCGGCUAGGAUUCUCAAGUUCUCUGGCGGCCAAAAGCCAGCGGAGGGCGGCCUCGAAAUGUCCAACUUCCACCUGCUGUGUUUUAUCCGCCAGAUGGGUAUCCUUUCAAAGGACGAAGAGUCGCUAUUGUGCCGUGUUGCAUCCCAACACGACCUCGCCGACACCUACCAGUUGCGGUCAACCGAAGGCUGGCAGACCUUGCAGGCCAUCCUGCAAUCGACCGGUGAGCGAAUCCCCAAGCGCCCACGGCAGUCCGAGGGCCAUCCCGCUUCCAAUGAAUUACACGAUCCUUCUCGCCGUCAGUCCGGCACCACGGAACCACUUGCUAAACGAUUUGCUGCCUUCAGGCUGAACGAGCGUCGCCCACCUCGGUAA